UCGCACGAAUUUUAAGUCGUUUGCAACAUGUACAUGAUAAGGCGGGACAAGUUUGCCAAAUAAUUGUCACUCUAAGUGUGGUUAUCUACAAAAAUGGAACAAUGAAGACACUGGAACUAUUUGUUUGUUUUGUGUGUAUUGUCGGACUAGUCUCCGCCGUAACGACCACCCCUCCGGACAACAAAGGCCUUGAGUUUGUUUUGAUGUUCAUGGAAAACCAAAAACUAGGUCCACAAAUGUUUCCUUUAGAAGUUUAUUGUACAACUCAAGAGAAGAAACCAGUUCAUGUACAUGUGACGUCACCGAAGUCUUCGUCUCCACAUGUUGACGAGACAUUUACGGUGACAGACGGGCAAGUGCAUAAGACAUUAGUUGACAGCGCGUUCCGAAUGACCGGAAGUUCCGUCUCAUCGAAAGCAAUUCGUAUCCAAGCUGAUGCAGAAAUAGCAUGUUACGGGGCCAACAAAGAGACAUUGUCAAAUGACGUAUAUCUUGGCUUACCGGUUGACGCACUCGGUACAGAUUACUACGCGAUGGCAUAUAGUCCGGCGAGUAUUAAAUCUGAGCUUGGUAUAGCAAGCACAGAUGAUUCGACAAAUGUGAAAGUAACUUUACCAACCGGAAGCGGAAAUGUAGAUGUGACAUUUAAGGGAAAAACGUAUCACGCCGGAGAUGUUAUUAACAUUCAGUUACAGAAAUAUGAUACCCUCCAGUUGCAGAGCUCUGGUGACCUAAAGGUUGGAAAUAUUCUAAUAAAUAAUCAUUUGAAUUAA